CCAAGGGGCUCUCCCCGAAACCGCUGCCUUGAGGGGCAGCCGAUAGGUGAGCGAACGAGAAGCGCAUUGUGGAGCAGAUCCCAAGGCCACAUCGUCCCCACCGACGCUCCCGUUCGUGUGGCGUGUGUGGAGCAGAUCUCGGCUGUGUGCAUGAGAGUCUCAUGACGGCUCUUCCACUGGCACAGUGUGGCGUGUGUUUUGAGGACUACCACCACGAGGAUACCGACAGGCAGCCUCAGGUGCUGUCGCGAUGCGGUGAGUGAGGAACACACACAGGCAGUCAAGCAAAGGUUCUGAAAAGGAGGGAGGGGUGUUCUUUUGUAUGUGUUUCAUGCGCCCACCCAUCCGUCUGUCAGGUCACUCGUUCUGCGCGGCGGUACACACACACGACAGGCAGACAGACAGACGGCUUUCAUAUCUAAAUGAGGGGCUCGUGCGUGUUUGGUCGCUGUCCGUCUGUUGUGUGUCUGCAGUGUGUCCGGGGCCUCAUUCGCAACCAUCCUCAUGACCGCCGCGCGGCUGUCUGCCCAAUCUGCAAGCACGCCAACCAACCAACCAACCACUGUGCUCACAACUGUGUAUGUGCAUUUCUGUCAAUCAGGCGAGAGACUUCACAGUCUGAUGUGCACAUCAACUACGACCUCCGUGACAUCGUGCAGCAGCUGCGGACGGCCACUGCGGCAGCACCGGCACCGGCACCCAGCAACACGACACACUCGACACCCCCUGCUGUCCCUCCGACUGGCCAAGAAGCACCCCUCACGGCUCGCCAGCGGCAGGAGGCCGCCGACUAUGCCUUAGCGCUGCAGCUGUCCAACGAAAUCAAUGACACAGACCCGCCGAGCAAUCAGACGUGAGCAGCCCCUGCCUCUCUGCCUUACUAACCUCAAUCAGGAUGGUCGUUGGCUUUGCGUCUGUUCUGUGUAUGUGUGUGUCGUUGGCAGUCCCUUCAUUGGCGGCGGCGCUCCUCUCCGUCGUCGGACCGGCACACUGCCAUCGUCUGGCUAUCCAUAUGAGGUGGUGCAGGAGGGCACCGGCAGAGUGCCCACACUCAACGACCGCGUGAAGUACGACCGGAUCUGGUGGGGUGAUGCAUUCGACGGUCGGGACAAAGUCUACGAUGACCGUGGGCGGGUGUGGCGUGUGUAUGAUCGGUAUUACUGGUUGAAUGAGGCGUUGCUGGAGAUGAGGGUGGGGGAGGUCAGGCAGAUCACAAUGCCAUACGGCGCCCCCUACCGUCAGUUGCGUUUGGUCAGCAUAGAGUAGGGGAGAGUCCACACACACACACAGGUGGGGCCGGCUGUGUGUGUCACACUUUGAGCGAGUGAUGUUCCGUGCCUGGGUGUGAACGGGGUCACAACGCCGUUGUGAUGUAUAUGGCGGGUGUGUGACGUUCGUCUCGGAAUGUCUGUGUGCCCUUCUGCCUUUAUCCUACCGGGUCAGCUGUAAGUGGGCCGGUCGGCCGCUGGCUGGCGGCGACACACGAGUGUUCAGUGUUCUGUGACAGAAAGGCAGAGAGGCAGACGGCCGCUCAGCCACACAGACAGACAGGUACAAUGCAUCUGCUGGUUUGUGCCUUUCCGUCGCUGUGUCUGUGUGUGGUCGCUGCCUUUGUCGCGUGUGAGUCUGUCAGCCGCUGGCGGCCCUUUCUGUCUGCCGCGAGUGUGCGUGGCGUUUGCAAGAGGGGCUUUAUUUCUCUCCCCGUUGUGGUGGUCUGCACCAGACACCUCAUGCGCAUGACUUCCUAAUGACACGCAGCGAUGGCCAUUGGCUUCAUCUCGUGGCAUCGUGGUGGCUCGGUGUGACUUAAAUGCUGUGGUCGUGUUUGCUCGCUUAUGACAGGCAGCGAUGACCACAUUGGCGUUGUUUCUUGGCAUUCAAGGUGGCUUGGUGUUAAACUGCUGCACACCUUUGUCUUGCUGGGUGUCUGUCUGGUGGUCUCUUGGGGCUGCCAGUGGAUGGUCUGCUGACGGCUUCUCUGUCUGCGAUUGUCGGCCGGCAGAGAGGGCGUCAGCAGGUCGACGCUCAGCCACGAGAGACCACAUAGACAGACACAACACAUUCAUGCUGGUUGAGUGUGGAGAGGAUGACUGACUCGUGUGGGAUUCUGUGAGUGAACCGUGAGGUCCUCCCUGUCGGGUGCACUCGGUGGGCGGUGUUCUGCUUUGAGUGCUUUGUCGACGUCUGCAGACGGCCUCUCUGUCUGUGGUCGACCUGGCAGAGAGACCGUCCGCCGAGGGGGACUUAGCCAAGAGAGAACACCGACCAUUCACAGACGCAUGAGGGGUGUCUUGACGAUUUCUGUCUGUCGGGAUGGGGGGGGAGGGCAUGGAAGGGUCUCAAUGUCUCUGUUCGGCUGCCUUUUUUCUCCCGGGUGGGUCGUUGGUGGGUCGGUGGGUGGCUGGCUGGAGACGACUCGUGUGUGACGGAGAUAGACAAAAGGACAUCCACUCGGUUCACACGAACGUGCGUCUGCACUGCUCGAGAUGAUUUUUCUCUCAACACAGCUCACGGCAGCUUUUUGUGUGCCGUGGGUGUGGCCGUGGCCGUGCCUGUCGUUUGUCAAGAGAGGCUUUAUUUCUCUCCCCGUUAUGCGCGUGUAUGUGAGCUGUUAUUCUACGCCACAAGCUUCCAUGACUGACCCAGAUGGGCAAUACCUCCCGACUGCACGCGCGAUGCGUUGAAUGGGCUGGCGAGAAGAGAGGCAGACUGUCUGUGCGGGAGUGAGGAUAUCAUGCCGCUGUCAUGUGCAUGGCGGGUGUGUCUGUGUCAUGUUCUCUUCGUGCUAAGUCCUGUACGUCAGAUCCACCAGCCCACGGACAUCAAUGCAUCCUGCACGUGUGAAUGGUUGAUGUUUUUCUCUCGGCUAAGUCCCGCUCGCCAGACGGCUUCUCUGUCUGUGGUCGACCGCAGACAGAGACACCGUCAGCCGAGGGGGACUUAGCCAACAGAGAACAACACAGACCAUGCACAGCCGCAUAGAGCGGUGUCUUACGGUUUUUGUCUGUCGGGAUUGGCAAAUGAGUGCAGACAUUUAUUCAUUCGACAUCUGAUCAACCGAUGAGUCUCCCACUAACUAUAAUGACAUCCGCCGUUACUCAAUUACCGACAAAAUUCCCUUACUCCUUUGCUGGGUCAUUCAAAGGCAACUGUGUGUGAGUUUGAUCCCCGAGUAUUUGGGCCGGGGCUUAGCAAGGGAGAACACCAACCAAUCGCACUCACUUUGGC